UACAAUGUAGCAAUUUCCGUUUUAAGGAGGAAUAACAGAUUUUGCUGUUGAUGCAAGUUUUAAAUUGUUUCAUUAAGAAAAAUGGCUCAUUCUUGGCAUUGACAGUUACAUAAGCCGAAAGAUUAAUUCCAUCGACAUGUUAUCAAAGUUUUAUAUGCAAAAAUAUAGACGUGGUAGACUAGUUAAAGUCGAAUUCAUUGAAAUGUGAUUCUGAACAUACGAAGAAAAAAUUGCUAACCACGUUGGCCAGCGAAUUCGGUUCCUGCAGUGCAGCCUUGCAAUGUCAACACCACUACGUUCUGGGAGCCAGUUUUUAGAAGAUGCAAUUUCUAGUGUGAUUGUUUCCCUAGAACUGCAUUCCAGUAAUUAGGCCUAAAAUGACCGUUCAAAGGAUAAAGAAACGCCGGUCACGUCUUUCGGAAGUGUAUAUGAAUAGAUAAAAUCAGAGGUUUAGCCGAAUGACUUUGCAGACGACAAUAAGAAAACCAACUGGUUGCUGUGAAGAAGUUGUCUUUUUGGAUCUUUCAAAGAUGGAAUGGCCGCUACAGUUUUUGAUGUUGAAUGACUUGAACCUGUGGAUAACAUCUGGUUGUGUCAUAUUUAACCCACUCUUCUGGAAUGUUGUUGCGAGAUGGGAGUAUAGAACUGGUGGAAUAAGCGGGGUCCUUGGUGGAAAGAAACGAGGCACCUUCCUCAUGGCACUAAUGAUCAUGACCCUAGGUGUGUUCCGAGACUGGAUGUUUAAAUUGAUGCUUGACAGUCAGCCAAAAUGGCCAGUGUUGUACGAGAACUGGAUAUUAUGGUCUGGAUAUGCCUUCAUUUGGAUAGGAUCAACUCUUGUAUUGUCUAGUUUUUAUAGCCUUGGUUUUUACGGAACAUUCCUAGGUGAUUAUUUUGGUAUACUGAGGGAUGAGAGAGUUACUGGAUUUCCCUUCAAUAUUUUAGACAACCCCAUGUAUGUGGGAGCAACUCUCAACUUCAUUGGAUCUGCCUUAGUAAAGGCAAGUCAGACGGGUGUAUUGGUGUCAGUGUUGGUAGCCAUUGUAUACAAAGUUGCCUUGAUGUAUGAAGGGCCUUUCACGGAAUACAUUUACAGUCAGAGGAGAAAGGAACCGUGAACGCCGACUCUGUCUAUAGAUGGAGGCUGUCAUUUCAUCAAAGCAUCUUUCGCAAUCAAGUGCAUCAGAUAACAUGUUAAUUUUAUUUCCAUUGUCAAUUUUUCUCUAAAUUGUGAUAUACAAAUGUAUUUAUUUUUUCAAAGAAAUCCAACCUUGUCAUAUUUUUAUAAGAAUGAUAAUACUGCAGUGAGUGCAGCAUGAGUCUGAAUUAAAAAUAUGAUAUUGAC